AUGAGGUUUGCGGUAAACUGGACUGACAGACCAUUUAUACGAGAGGGUGGAUAUUUGAACAGUCGGAGUUCGGAAAGUCGCAACACGGACCUUGUCCAGUCGACCGAGGAACUUCCUACCUAUACGCGACUAGGCUGUUCAUUCAACCUCAAUCCACGUGCAAUGCCUUUACGCCACCUCUUCCAAUGUCUUUUAGAGACUCUGCUUUUGGAAAUUGGGCUUCCACGACUGGGGUGCUGCCACCCACAGAUCUCGUGGGAUUUCGCCCCCAUGUUGCUUCCCAGGCAUAGUCAAGCACGAUACGUUUCGGGUUCGGAAACCCUUGCCGAAGGAUUUAGCUCUCGACAUAGGCGCAAAAGUUAUCGAAUCCUUCUGACCUUUACCAUUUCUAGCUACAUUAAAUCGCCACAGGAGAAUCCUGCAGCGGUGUCUUCGCUCUUCUUAUAUUGUCUUAUUGCGUCCUUCUGA